GCCAGUAGAUGCCACGGCUGCAAGCAUCUUCUAUUGCUAGCUGUUAGUUGUUAUGAGGAAAAGCGAAACAAGAAAAGGCCAAAAAUCCUUUGAUGUUGUCGUCUUAAGCUUUAUGAUUUAAUUAAUGAAUUGCAUAUAUCUUACGGUAAUGAGUGCGUUGGUUUGCACCGACAGCUUUUAGACGAAACCUACCUGGGUGACGAUGGAUUUAAGAGCUGUACACAGGGAUUUACCGGGUUGUCCCGUAGCCGCAUCUUCAGAUGAUUUACUUCACAAUAACAAUUCAGAUUCUGAAUCAGACUCAGAGCUUGAAAGUGAUGACCAGGAUGAAGUGCAAAGCUCAGACUCGGAUACCUCAACUGGUAACUGUGUCAGCUGCCCAAUUUGCUUAUUAAAAUUCAAGGGUCAAGCCAUAGGCUUCCCUGAAGUUUGUGGGCAUCCAUUCUGCCUUGAUUGUAUCCUCGAAUGGUCAAAGACUGUCCAAACUUGCCCUAAUGAUCGACGUAAGUUUGACAACAUUCUGGUGAGAUUAGACUUGAAUGGCGAAGUUGUAAGAAAAGUUCCUGUGAACAAUAAUCAAAGCAAAAAUGAAGAGGAAGGGCCUUUCCUUGAUAUUACAGAGUGUCAAGUUUGUAGGAUUGGAAAUCGAGAAGACAUGAUGCUACUCUGUGAUAGAUGUGAUCAAGGUUAUCAUAUGGAUUGCCUCGUUCCACCAUUAGAAGAAGUACCAAUUGAAGAUUGGUUCUGUCCACAGUGUGAUGGCACCCGCACUGUUACAGGUGCAACACGGCAACGAGCUCCAUUGACACUGCGCGUAAGGAGAACCGUGCAGCGCAACAGGCAGAUUGCCCUACGUGACUCGUCAGUUGCAAGGAAGACUAAGAAAGGAAAGAAAAGAAAAUCCACAUAUAGAAGAAAAACAAGAAAAGUUAAAGGAAAAGGAAAAGGCAAAGGCAAAGGCAAACGGAGGAAAAAAGCUGCCACUGUACCUUCACCGCGCAAAAGAUUGGCAGAUGCUUUGGGCUUGCAUGAUAGGGCCACUGUUCAAGUCGAUCCGACAUGCCAAUUUUCUCUGUUUGGCAAUCCAAACGCACUUGACGUUGCCGACGAUGACGAGGAUGAGAGUAUCAGAAAUCUCAUUUCUCCAAGGAAGCGGCCGAAAUCCUUGAUUGCGCAGUUAGCUGAGGGCCGCAAGGCGCAGAAGUCAAUCUACUCGUUUGGGCCUGCCGCUGCUAUUAACGUUCCUGUGAAAGCUUCAGCCCCCAGCCUGGGCAGCCGCAGCUCUGAAAAUCCAGAUCUUUUGGGCAGCAUUUUAGCCUCCCAGUCCCAGCUAACAACUUUUGGAAAAAGUGCCGAAGUGAUUCGCCCGAAACCACGAAAUACCAACUCAAAUCGCGUGUUAGGGGCCAUACUUGCCUCACAAGCUACUCUUAGUCGUUUGGACGAAACCAUUAGAUGUCAGGAGCAAAAAAACCAAACCGCUUGCCCGUCUGGGAAUAUUCUCAAACCCAUUCUUGCGCAAAAACCCGCAAGAACCGGAAAUGUUUCCCAGAACGAUUCCACAGGUCAAGGCAGUAGUUCGUCGCCAAAUCAGCAAACAUCUAGCGGUGCUUCAUCUAAAGGCGAAUCUUCAAGUUCAACUAGUGGUAGUGAUAGUAUUGGUACACGAACCAAUGGCCAGUCAAGUGGGGAGGCGACUGCAAAUGGCAAUGGGAUAUCUGGUGGGGAUGAUGGUAAUGGUGAAGAUCCAAAUCAGGGUCGCAAAAAGAAAUCCCAGCCUGAAGAUAAAAAGGAUGAUGUUGACGAGGAAGAUGUCGAUCUGUACAGUGACAUUGAAUCUGUUGAAGAUGAGAAUGACCCUCCUGAUGUCUUGCCCAAGAUCGAGGCUGAAGAAGAUCGAAUCGCUGAGGAGGAAGAUGACGAGAAGGGAUUAAUUAUUGAUGAUACAAACGCAGAAGAUUCGGGUAGGCGAUCUACUGAAUCGAGUUGCGAUCCAGCAGAUGGUGACUCGAUUAGCAAACACUCGGAUGAAGACGAACAGAUAGAACGGAAGGACAAAGAAGAGGUGUUAGAAGGAAUUCCUUUGCCCCAAUCCCUUCCGCCUGCACCGACUGUACAUAAAUUCCAACAUGGAGGUCUACCGGCAGCAGCGGCUGCACUGACUUUUUGUCCGAAAGGAGGCCUGGUCUCCCGACCCCAACUUCGUCCGCGCACAAGUCAAAUUGCUACGCCAAUGAUAAAUGACUUAAUGAAAGCCAACCUUGUUUCAUCCAUCACAUCUGCAUUAAAAGAAUCGCUAACUUCUGCGCUGCUUGCACAGAGCCAACAAGAGUCUCUAGCUGGCCUAGAUGACGAUGAAGUUCUCCCGGCACCUACAUAUUCUGAAACCAAAGGUCCAGUUGAAUCCGUUGAAAUGAUCGAAGAAACUGCGAAAACUUCUAUAAACGUCCCUGUGAUGACUGAGCUCACAGAACCGGUUGCCUCGAUGGAGACUGGGAUUAAAAAUAGCGGGCGAAAACAAAAAAUGGAAGAAAUCUUUGGAAGUGAUGACGAAGAUCUGAAUAAAGAGGUUAGCCAUUUAGAACAAAUUUCGGAUUGCGAAGAAGGUGAAUUGGAUGAAAGCGAAGCUGACCAAGAAACUUCAGAUCACGAACCGCCGCCAUCUACAAACCGAAUUGUACGGAUGCUUACUCCACCACCUGUCCCACAGAAACGUUCAACGUCAACAAAGGAUGCCAUAGGUUGCGAAGAAGGCGAAAUUGUUGACAAGAAAUCAGCCAGCAAAAAGCGAGCAAAUGGUAAUAGUAAAAGGAAAAAAUCCACUAGCGAUGAAGUUGUGGUCAAAACCGAAGACUGCGAAUUCCUUCGAUCGGCGGGCAUAGGAGGCGAGAGAAAAGUAGAAUUAUGCCUGGAAGACGAAGGAAUUCCUUCCACGUUCAAAAAGCUGGACAGCGGUAAAACUCGACAUUAUCGCCAUCAAGGCGACAUCAAAGUUGUGGAAGGUCGAGCGGACGUCAAACCAAAAAAGGAAAAUGACGAUCUAGACGAACGGAAUGAUAAACGAUCUAAACGUCAAGAGAUUAAACAUUAUGAUGUCAGACGCGUGGUGGAACAGAGGUCUCAUGGCGAUCGACACCACACGACCAUCAAACCAGAGCGUCGUUCUCGUUCGGAUUCUAAGAACAAAUCUAAAAGCAGAGAUCCUUUAUCCAAGAAGAGUAGUAAAUCUCGUCGGAAAAGAACCUCUUCCUCGUCAUCCUCUAGUUCUUCUUCGUCUUCAUCGUCUUCAUCUUCUUUAUCGUCCCUCUCUCCCGACCGCAGGAAAGGUAAAGAAAAUCAUCGUAAGAGGUCAAGGUCCUCGUCGUCGGAUGGAGCCGGACGGAAGAAGCGAAAACCUAAGUCCUCUGCAAAGUCCAAGGAGAGAAGCGAUGGAAAAUCGUCUGCAAAAAAUAAGAAAAAGAAAGUAAAAAAGAAGAAAAAAGUUAAAGAUAAACACAAGGAAAAGAAAGCUCAAACAACGUCGGAAACGAAAAGUGGCAAAAAUGACGAGUCGCUUGACGCUGACCCUAAAGCUCGCAAUGACAAUAUUGAAAUACCUAGUAAAGCCGUCUUCGCCUCAGGAGAUAAAAUUGUUGUCAGUCUCCAUUUUGGUUCAAGUAGCUCGAGUAAACCACUAGUUAAAAAGAAGAAACGGAAAACAGAGAGCAAAGAUUCUGUCGUUAGUAAGAAACCGAAAGAAGAAAUUCGAUCGUCCCCGGAAAGGUCAGAGCGAUCCAAGAAGUCUCAACCACCUCCUGCUCCUUCUUCUGUGACAAAAACUGAGUCGGCUGACAAAGGGCACAAGAAAUGCCAAUCAAUCAAAACAGAACAGCCACAACUGCCACCCACCAAACAAGAAGUUGUCAAGCAACAACUGGAAUCUAAAGCUUUGGACAAAUAUUCUUCUGCAUCAGACGGCCAGAAAACAGGGGGAAAUUCUACAACUAAAGAUCUUCCGUCAAAGCCGCUGAUGAAGCAGCCCACUUCUAGCCGGCACAGAGAAGACAUGAGAGAUGUGACGCGUGGAAGAGGUCGAGGACGGGUGGCUGGAAGGCCUAUUCGACACCAUCGAAGUAAACCGGUACUGAUAGAUAUUGAAACCAGUCGAGAAAUUCCAUUGGAAGAAAGUCGGCCUAGCGAUGUUAUUGUUUUGUCGGAUUCGGUGGAUUCUGACGAAGAAUCCAUUCUACCUCCGCUGCCACCUCUACCUCCGCCCCCAUUGCAACCACAGCUGGCACAACCGCCACAACAGCAUCCAACGCCUCCACCACUUCCACCUCUCCCUCCUCUUCCUCCGAGCAAAAUUCCUUCAGUAUUAACUUCUGUUAAACCAAAAGGCGGCGGCGGUGGGAAAAAGCCCUUGUUUUCAAAACAAGGAGCUGCGGGCGUCAAAUUUUCUCUGGCCUCCAAGACAACUUCGGUCAAGAAGUUAAACAAUCCGCUAUUGUUAAUGGGUGGCGCCGAAGAAGAGGAGGAAGAAGCAGAGGAGCAGCAGCCAGUAGUUACUCCAGUAGGAGAAACAAGUCCAAGCAAAUUGCAGAACAUCCAAGACGCGACUUUAGACGCAUCAGGAAAAUUGAAAGCUGAUGACAAAAAUUUGGUGAAUCAUCCGUUACCGGAAGGUCCCAGUCGAGGGGUGCAGUCUCCUGCCAAGACAGCGGGCAACCUUUCGCCGAUCUUUCGACCGACUACACCACCGGGAAAAGCAAUAUAUUCUUCACCACUGCCUACCUCUACCUAUGAUCCGUCUCAGCCAACUCACACCCCAUCCAGUGGUAGUUCAACCCCGGUUCAUUCGCCAAGUCCGGUGAUGUCAGCAUCUAAAUUGCAUCCAUCAUCAAUGCCGCCCUUGCCACCGCCACCUACGCCACCCAUGAUGCCCUCCUUCCCUCUUCCUCAUCCUGGCGCCGUGUUGAUGCCUCCAAUGACAUCACUCCCUCCACCACCUCUUCCACCACCUCCUCUAUUGACAAGUGCGCCUCACUCUUUUGCAGUGCAUACUUCUAACUUGAUUUCGGGCGUUUACAAUACUUCAUUCCCUCCACCUAACAUCGCCGGACUGCUACCAUUGCCGACCGCAGGAGCACCGCUGCUCAAUCAGGUGAUGAAGGUGACGUCAGCAGUGCCACCUCAGCAAUCUACACCAUCGGGUCAAAUCCAUGGAAAACAUGGUAGACCUAUGACUCCACCAUCGCCGACACCCAGCGAGGGGAGUGACAUCUUUGGUCCACCUUCGACGUCGCCGUCUUCACCCAUGUCCAACCAUGAAACCCAUACUCAUGUUACCCCCAGUAGCAAAGCGCGACCAUCGGUUCCUCCGACAAAACCAACAUCUUCGGCCAAUGCAUCCAGUAGCUCCAGUUUCGAUUCCAUUUUCCAGUCUGCCAGUCACCAGCAUGUGCGUACCAGCAACCAGCGCCCAACGUCAAAACACACCUCAGCAGGUUCUCAUUCGAGAUCGGCAACAAAACCUACACCAAUCAAAGGGGUUCCGUCCUCGGGAACCGAUCCAUCUUCAUCCAUUGCGACUACUUUAGGCCCCGACGGCAAUGAAGAAUGUCCGAGUUCGGCUGUGGAACUUCAAGUCAAGGAGAAGUUUCUUAAGAAAUUGAAUCGUCAAGAAAGGGUGGUAGAAGAAGUUCGGCUGGCACUGAAACCGUACUACACCAGCAAACGUAUCUCCAAGGGCGACUACAAGGAAAUACUAAGGAAGUGUGUUCCUAAGAUUUGCCACACCAAAAGUGGUGAAAUAAAUCCUAUUAAAAUCAAAGAAAUGGUCAAGGGUUACGUCAAGAAGUUCCGUUAUCAACACAAGAAGGAAGUCUGAAAUCGGCGUAACAAACCAAAUAAGAAACGGAUUUGUUGUCAACCCAGGGUUGUCUUAACAGUUUACAGAGCGACAAAUCCGUCUCGCCCUUUAAUUAUUUUUGCGAAAUGGAUGAUGGUGGAAUCACUUCUUGUUUUGUCUCGGCAUGUAAUUUUUUCUAGGAUUGCAAGAUAUUACACAUACGUUCACAUUUUAAAUUAAAUGAGAAACAAA